CACUGACACAACAGACACAGUUCUUGCCGCUAAUUUUUGUGUUUAUGUGAGGUUUUUUGGUGCUCAAACGUUUACCAACGUUUUAAAAUAUAAUAAUGGAUGUGGAAAAUAAUAAUAACACAAUAGUACCUGCCAUCAAGCAGACACAGUUCGCUGAGAAACGCAAAGUAAUUAGCGAGGAGAAUGAAGACAACCAAAUCAAAAGGCUGAAGCACAAUGCAAUCGAGUUCACAACAACUGAAACAACAGUGGACGCCACACAACACGUGCCUGGUGAGGACAGCCCUAAACAAGUCGUCCAGCGUCCGCCCGCCCAGAGUCCAAAGAAGCGUCUGCAACUAGACAAUAAAAAAGUUGGAGCCCAUAACAACAGCAACAACAAUCACAAGCCGAAGCAGAACAAAAAUGAAACAUUCAUGUAUGGCAACUACAAACAGUAUUAUGGAAAGCGCAUUCUGGACAAGGACUUUCAUGACAUACGCCUGGAUGUGUUUGCCACACAACCGCAACUGUUUCGCGACAAACAGCUGCUGGACAUUGGUUGCAACUCGGGCCAUUUGUCCAUACAGAUUGUCAAGCAGUUCGAGGCCAAAAGCCUUGUAGGCCUAGACAUCGAUCGCAGUCUGACGCACGAUGCCCAAAUGGCCAUAGUGAACAUUAAGCGUGCCAGCAACUUAUCUGCCGCAGCUGCAGCCGGCAAUUUUCCGUACAAUGUGAAGUUUGUGCACGGCAAUUAUGUGCUCGAGGAUGAUGUCCUGCUCGAGAUCGAACGUCCGCAAUAUGAUGUGAUCUUGUGCCUAUCGGUGACCAAGUGGAUACAUUUGAAUUUCUGUGAUGCAGGCCUGAAGCAGGCAUUCCGGCGCAUGUUUCUGCAGCUGAGGCCUGGCGGCAAGCUGGUAUUGGAGCCGCAAUCUUUUGACACCUACAAGCGUCGCAAGAAACUCACAGACAAAAUACGUGAGAACUACAAUAGCAUCCAGUUCAAACCGGAAGAUUUCACAGCUUAUUUGCUGGGAGCUGAAGUGGGAUUCGCCAGCAUGGAACUGAUGGGACAGCCUGAGCAUUGUAACGCUGGCUUUAAACGCCCCAUACAGAUCUUUAGCAAAAACUAAAAUGAAUAAAAGAAAGGAGACU